AUGGUUGAGACUCGUAGUACGGUGGACCUGCAGAAGGAGGCCACCAAUAUUAUACUAGAGGCCAACAAGUCCGGUAACAUGGACAUCACGCGAAUACAGGCGGUACCCCCGAAGAUAUGGGGACAAGUUUGCACAGCAUUGGACAUUGAGAGGUUAAUCAAUUACAACCAGUUACUUAUGCAACCGAAGUACAUGAAAGAUCUGCAAGAGGUACUCGCGGCCCGCAUAGAGGCUGAGAAGCCAGCAUUCACCCAUAGGAAGAUUCAGGAGGCGGGACAGCCAAAGACGGCUACCCAGACCACGACGAAUAAUCCACCUGCGAAUCGACCACCUACGUUAGACCUGACUUCGGUGGGCCAACAUGCACCGAUGAUGGAAGAAGUCUACUAUAGUGACCAUAGCUCGACACCGAGAGUGCAUGGUAAACGACAUACGAUUACGACUGACGGGUGGGCGAACAUUGACUACUUAAUGGGGGAUCCGGCUCAUAUGCUGAACCAGUUGCGAGGUGUACGAAUGUCACCAGAAAAGGCAUUCGAGACCAGGAAUAAGAUCCUGCAUAAGGCCCUAGUUGAUCCCGAGAUUGACAACACGGACAAGCUGAUAAUUCGUGUGAAUCAACUUAUCGAUCAAGGCCUAUUAUCGCAUGACCUAUCGGUCAAUGUACUUUUGAGCUGUGUAGUGUACGGGAAAGAGGGGACGAUGCGUCGGAUUGAGUCAGGUGCGAUACUAAAACCCAUAAACAUCUACAAUCUAAGUUCGCGCAAACGACCUGAUGAUAGGAAUCCGAGAACGCAGAACUCGAAUCCGAACACGUACGCUAGCAAGAACAAGAAGAAGAAUACGACGAAUUACAACAAUCAAAACCGACGAGGUAGUUACAGUAAACCUACAGAGACGACUAAGAACUGGACCCAGGGGCCCCCUUCUUCUUCUUCAUAG